AUGACGACUUGGCUUCGAAAUGUUAUUGCGGCUGUGGCGUCGGUUGCGGUUCUAGUUAUUGCGCAGCCACAAUCUGGAGGCUGCGAUCGGUCGUGUCUAGAAAGCCUGAUGUCGGAAUACCUCACUGCUAUAGCGGCUCACGACCCAAAACGUCUACCGACAGCGCCAGGCGUAAAGUAUGUGGAGAAUCAGCAGAUAGUCCCACUUGGGGAGGGAGAGUGGCUUGUCGCCAGCUCUCCGGGCAAAUACCGCCAUGUCUUCGCAGACCCGGAAGCCAACGAAGUAGGCGCCAUUACAACACUCAAGGAAAACGGCGUGGGUACUAUCUAUAUCGCCCGGCUCAAGAUAAAUGAUGAUAGGAAGAUAACUGAGAUCGAGACGCAAAUCACCCGCGAUCCGAUCGGUGCUGCCCGCUAUGAAAAUAUGACCCAACCGGAAGCUGUAUGGUUGGAAGCCGUGCCACUAGCCCAACGCAUAUCACGGGACAGGCUUAUCACGCAGAGUAACAAGUACUACACCGGUAUGGAACGCAACGACCCCAAAGGAAACUACUCUUUCUUCGACAAAGACUGCAAUCGCCUAGAAGAUGGUCUUAAUACUACCAACCAGAGAACCGGGGACCCUUAUGGUCAUUCCAACGACACAGCAUUUGCCUCACUUGGCUGCGAGGCCCAAUUUCAGACGGGAUUCCUAGGUUUCGUUACCAAAAUCCGCGACCGUAGGUUUCUCGUGGAUGAAGAACGCCAGGUUGUGCUUUCGAUGACCAUUCUUGAUCAUAAUAGCACGGUCAGGGAACUGCCGAGCGUGAAUGGCACAUCCUCGCCCAUUCCCGCAUAUUUCGAUGUCCCACGGACGUUGCAAGCGACUGAGGGAUUCCGCUUGAAGGGGGAUAAGUUGUUCCGUAUUGAAAUGACCCUGACUGAGAAUCCGUAUGGUAUGCGAUCGGCAUUCGUGGGUUCUCCUCUCCCUCCAGUCUCUUCCCAGGAUACCAGCAACAGCAUUUUCAUGGGAGACCCUUGCGAUCGUAUUUGUCUUAGCAAAGUUCUGGACCAGGUCCUUCAAGCCAUGUUGGUUCAUAACGCUUCAACUCUUCCGUUAGCCCAAGGUGUGCGAUAUUCUGAAAAUGGACAGUUCAUCGAUGUGGGUGAUGGCUUAUGGUUGAGUCUCCGCAGUUUCUCCAAGCCUGGAGUAGACGAGUAUGCAGCGCAAUUUGCAGACCCUACGAGCGGAACAGCUGGAUACUGGGGGCUUACCAAAGAGCACACGACCCCGGGUGUCCUUGCCCUUCGAAUUAGGGUUGAUAGUGGCAAAAUCACCGAGAUCGAAGCCAACGCUGUAAGAGCAGAGUCAUCCGGCUCAAGGUUCGGCACGAUGACUCUCAUGCGCCCACCUCUUCCAGUGGAGUGGGAAAGCGAUCCUCUCGGUCCUCUUGACCCAGUGUUCCUCCAAAACGGAACUGGAGCCACUGCUACCAGUAUACCAUCCACGAUUAUGACGUCCUAUUUUGACGGCCUGGAGCAGCAUUCUAGUACAGAUACCCCAUUCACGACAUCCUGUCUCCGCCGCGACAACGGUGUACAAGGAAACCUGACUUGCGCGGCUCAGAUGGCCGGCCAUGGGGUUUCUCCCAACGGCUUGUACAAUCUCACGAGCACGGUUCGAGAUCGGCGCGUUCUGGUUACGGAUGCUGAGAAAGGUGUGGUGAUGGUGGUUGCGAUGAUCGAUAAUACGGCGACUGGACCAGGUUCUUUGCCUGUGACAGCAAGUGUGCCGAGUACGUAUUUGAUUCCGCAAUUGAUUAAGGUUGAUAAUGGGGCAAUUUCGAGGGUGGAAGGGAUGGUCAAGUGGAUGCCGUAUGGAUAUUCAUCUGCUUGGACGGAGGAGAAGGGUUUUUAG